AUGUGGGUCAGCGGUGGUUCGGAGUGUGGUGGACCAAGUUUGAGCGAGAAAAGGGAAGAUGCAGCUUCCUGCAGCGUGGUCCUGUCAAACCGUUUGCCCCGCUCAGAGCAAGCCAAGAUAGGAGCCUUCUUCCAGGACCGUCCUGUGCUGAAGAACCCGUUUCUGGAGGACAGUCUGCUCAGAGGGUACCUGAGGAGACACCUGCCAGAGGAAGCUGUUUUCUCCGACCUGUGUGCCUUUGGGGAGCGCGUGGCCACGGAGGUGGACACAUGGGGUAGAGAGUGCGAGCUUACUCCGCCACGUUUGGUACACUUUGACCCUUGGGGUCGCAGGGUGGAUCACAUUGUGACCUCUCCAGCAUGGCAGCGCAUGAAAGGCUUGUCAGCUCAGGAAGGAUUGGUCGCCAUCGGCUACGAGCGACAGUUUGCAGAGUGGAGUCGUGUGUACCAGAUGAGCAAACUCUUCCUCUACUCUCCGUCCUCUGGUCUCUACACUUGUCCCCUGGCCAUGACUGACGGAGCUGCCAAGGUCAUUCAGUCCAUAGGUAUUUCACGGCCAGUAGAAGAUGCCUUCAGUCGCCUGACCUCUCGACGGCCGGAGAGAUUCUGGAUAUCUGGACAGUGGAUGACUGAACGUCAGGGAGGCUCAGAUGUGGGCAGCGGGACUGAAACGGUAGCUGUCCCUCACACCGACGGAUCUUACAGACUUCACGGCUUCAAGUGGUUCACCUCUGCGACAGAUGCCGAUAUGACGCUCACACUGGCUCGAGUGCAGGGCAAGAACGGGGCGACGACACCGGGCAGCAGAGGUUUGUCUCUGUUCUACGCAGAAGUCAGUCGCGAUGAGGACGGACGGCUCAGAGGCAUCGAGGUCCAGAGGCUGAAGGACAAACUUGGCACCAGACAGAUGCCCACAGCUGAGCUCCUGCUGGACGGGCUGCCAGCGCACAGGCUGUCGGCCGAGGGCAGAGGCGUGGCCUCCAUCUCCAACAUGUUGACCAUCACCCGGAUCCACAACAGCGUGUCAGCCGCCUCGGCCAUGAGAAGGCUGGUCCAGCUGGCUCGGGACUAUGCGUCUCGCCGCACGGCCUUCGGAAGACUUCUCAAGGACCAGCCCCUGCACAUGCAGACUCUGGCCAGGAUGGAGGUGGAGACUCGCGGCGCUUUCAUGAUGCUCAUGGACGUGUGCCGGCUGCUGGGCCGGGAGGAGAUGGGCGUGGCAACCCAGCUGGAACAGCACCUCCUUCGUCUGCUCACACCAGUGCUCAAACUUUACACUGGGAAACAGGCCGUAGCUGUGGUGUCCGAGGGCCUGGAGAGCUUUGGAGGUCAAGGCUACAUUGAGGACACCGGGUUGCCUGGACUUCUGCGUGACGCUCAAGUGCUCAGUAUUUGGGAAGGGACGACGAACGUUCUGUCUCUGGAUGUGCUGCGCUCAGUUGCUCGAAGCUCUGGAAUGGUGCUUCACGCGUACUUCAGUCACACCAAGUCUCUACUGGCAGCAGCCGCUGAUGUGUCUGCGCUGGCUCCGGCUGUUAAAGCUGUGGAUUAUUCUCUCACUGAGCUGGAGAAGUUCAUGAAAACAGCAGCAACUAGAACACCUGGUUAUCUUGAACUAGCUGCCAGAGACCUGGCGUAUAGCUUAGCCCGAAUUUACACCGGUGCCCUUCUCAUCGAACAUGCAAGCUGGAGCGGAGCGUCUGAGUCUGACACCUACGCAGCUCUCAGGUGGUGUGAACAAGAUCUGUGCCCCGUAGCCACCCAACAGGCCAGAGGUUGUUACCAUGUCGACACUCCUGGACGCGAUUCUGCUGUGGUGUACGACCGGGAAAUGAACGACAACUUCUCACGCAGCUAAUCGAUUGCUCCUUUUCACAAUACAGUUGAUUAUUCCCGGGAUAUAUCGAUAUUUUGGUUUAGCCUUUCUCAUUCAUCUGGAUCAGGACUGAGCUUGUGUUGUGCAGUUUUCAUCUGCGAUAAAUCAUUUUUGUUUUCUGAGAAUAUUAUGAGCUGACUGAUGUUAAAAUGAAACACAUUAUUGUGUUGUGUUUAAUGGUUUGUUUGGAAUAGUUUUUAACCCGAUCAGACGUUAUAUUCUCAUUUCAUGAACUUCACUUGUGACUUUAGUGUUUUAUAGAAUA